CUUUCUUUUGUAACAGGUUGCAGAUGAUGAUUUUUCUUAACUCCUCCUGUCAGGGACACAGGUCAACGGCGGCAGCAUGACAGCAGUUCAUGACGUCAAGGAAAAAGUCAGACUUGUGGUAGAGGAGGCCUAAUUUUAACCUCAUCACUUGUCACAUUUUUUGCCACAUCGCAGCAACUGCUGUCAGCGUGUGAACAGUUUUCAUCCAAAGCGUACGAGCAUGGAGGUCAUUUUCAAAGAGGGGAUGCUGCAUCUUCAAGGGGCCAAGUUUGGGAAAAGAACGUGGCGGAAAAUCUGGAUGGUGCUUUUCAAGCCCAGCUCCAUGGGUGUGGGUCGGCUGGAGUUCCGCUCUGUAUCCGACGGCGAGCAGCUAAAGGCCGGCCGACAGAAAGCACAAGAGAGGAAGGUCGUGCGCUUAAGCGACUGUCUGAGCGUCACCCCUGCGGCCAAGGAGUCGUGCCCGGCUCGCUGCACGGCCUUCUACCUGAACACCACACACCACACCUACACCUUCGCCUCCACGGAGAGCCAGGACUGGAUCAGCGCCCUCUGCGUUCUCGCCUUCCAGAGGGAUCCUGGAGAGUCGGAGAAAGGGGAUUUUGAGGGAGGGAAUGGCCUCACCAUGGAGGAUAAUGACCUUUACUCGUCUUGGAAAAGCGAGCCGACACUUCCUCCUGACCAGUACAAAGUGAAGAUCCUGGGCACGGACGCGGCCAAGAGGUGCAAACUGGCCGGGGAGUAUGUGGUGUUCACAGACAGCGAGGCCUUGGAGCUCCUCGAUGUCAACACGGGCGGCGUCAUCUACAGCUGGCCGUACAGACUCCUGCGCAAGUUUGGACAAGUGGAGGGGGGCUUCUGCAUCGAAGCGGGCCGUCGCUGCGACUCGGGAGAGGGAGUGUUCACCUUCCUGACCCGCGAAGGCGCCCAGAUCUUCCAGGCCUUAUCGAGUCAGUGUUCGCUGCAGAAGAAACAGGGCGCCCGGCCCUGCGGUGUCAAAAAAAGGUCAUCGUUUGACGCGUCCUCCGUUGCCCUUCCAGCCGCGGUCGUCCAGACCGACGCACCUCCAAUCUACAGCCUUGUGCGGGUCCGUCGUGACAAGGAGGACUGUUCUGCCAGCCAGUACUCUACGAUUAAUCGCCCCUCCGAGGAGAGUAUGAGGCAUCUGUGUCCUCUCCAGCCUUAUCUCUACAGCAGCAAAGAUGAGGUGGAAGAGGAGAGCAGAGAGGAGGAGGAGGUGGAGGAGGAAGAAGAGGAAGCCGAGGGUGAGGAUGAUCGGUGUCAUUCCCUUGACGCUGUAGAUGAGGAUGCCGACACACAGGACAGCAUUUAUUACAACUUGAGGAAGACCACGCCUCCACCGAUGAGGAAAACUGAGAUUGGCGAAUUUCAGUGCACGUACAGAGAGACCAAAAGAUACUCCUUCCCCUCCUCCUCCGACCUCCAUUAUUCGAAUGAUCCCCUUUCUCUUGACCUCACCCAUGCAGAUCACUUUGCCUCAGCACUACCACAAAGCCUGCAUCUCCCACCCGCAGAUAUCUCCGACUGUGCGGGGUACAACGCACAGGCGGUGGACGACGCGAGCAACCCGGAAGAGGCCACCGGCUUCGCCGUCCCAUCUGAGUUCCCCGGCAGCUUCAAACACAGGCUGGCAGAAAUUAUUUCUAAGGACCUGGCGAAGUUCCAGCCUCCUCUUCCCUAUUGAGCAGGCAGGCAGCCCCACGUUUUACCGUAGGCUGUUUGCUCACAGACUGAGUGGGAAGAGCAGUUUUUAACCGUGAUGAACUGUCAAGCGCCAUAAUUAGUUUCUUUACGGCUCUAAAAUCCCUUCCGCCGGACACCUGCUGUCAGGCUUCUGGUGCUUGCAGAUGUUUGUAUGUUUUUCUGCUUUGAAAAUAGAUCUGGAGCUGCACUUUUUUGGGGGGUGGGGGUGAGCGGGAUUAGCAACAGCAAAAUGUGAUAAUCGGUUUUUGUUCUUUGCAGCUUGGACAUUAGAGAAGCAAUGUACCUUUUGAAGCCACUUUGCUUGACCGGGUGAAGUAGGAAGCAGUUGUUUAAAACUGAAACGUUUAGCUGAUACAGUGCUGAGCUCUCUAAUAUUUUGUCACAUUACAAACCAGAAACUUCAGUAUAAUUUACUGGGAUAKUAUGACCGACACGAAGGACCUCGAAAUUGUGAAAGAUUGCAUGGUUUUCUAAACUUUUUCUAAAUGAAAAGGAUAAAAGUUCGUCAUGCAUUUGAGUUUAGCCUCUCUACACUCCAGCCGUCGAGCGCCACCGGCCUGCAACUUUGAGAUGCAACCCCGCUCCAACAAUCCCAAAUCAAAUAGCAAGCCAGCAAGUUUUAGAAGAGUUUGGUCAUUACCUCUUAAUUUGACUGAGGUGUGAUGGAGUGGGGGAUGCAUCCAAAAGUUGCAGGACAGCGGCAGCCAGGGACAAGAGUCGCAGACCCCUAAAAAUUCUUUAAAAUAAUUGAUCAUUUUCAUUCUGCUGCAAUGACUGUCAUGUUCUUCUUCGUGUUGGUCUUUGACAAAAAGGCCCAGUAAAAAUAGAUUUAGGUUUGUAGUUAUAAUGUGGUAUCAUCUGUGAAAACUUAGCUAAUAAGCAUGAAUAUUAUUGCAAUGUAGUGCAUUCACUCUGACCUAGUGACUUGUGCAACAGAAAGUUUCAUUGUCUCCUUAUCUCAUUAGCCAUGGAAUGUAUACUUAUAAAUUUUGCAGCAUUGUGCGUUAGUGUGAAUUGUGCACGUCACUAGAAGUGAUAUAUACAUAAAUAAAUUAAAAUGCACACCCAUUAA